AUGGGCACUAGUUGGUUGGUUCGGCCUAACAUGCUUAUCACCGCUAGCCACAAUGUUUAUAGUUGGUCUGGCGCCGGUAACGAGGACAAACUUGGCCGAGCAGUUCAUAUCAAGUGCUACAUUGGCUACCACGGUAAGGAUUCACUCAAGUCCCCAAUCGUCCAGUGUCACUUGGCCAAGAACAUCGUGACUACCGCUGAGUCGCCAUUAUCACAUACGUUUACGGUGGCGGCGGUAAAGAACCAGCCCGGUAUAAUUGGAAAGCUCAGGAACGACUACAAUGCCCUUCUCAGCGCCUUCGCUCAGAAGUACCCGGCUGCUGAGGAGUACGAGGGCAUCAAACUCGUGAACCCGCUACCCGGAACUGGCUUCCCUCCCAAUGAAGAUCUCUACCUUAAAUUGGUCAACGGCGGCGCGGAGGCUGGGGGGUUCUUGGAUAAUCUAAAGGCUAUCAGAAGAGUAGUUACUGGUAUGGGGAAGGCCGCAUUGCCUCUCAUGUCGCCUCUGCUGGGACCUACCGGAGGACCUGCGUCCGCGAUUGCUAGUGCGGUUCUUGGUGCGGUUGCCAAAAUCUUCUCCGAAUCUUUCAUGGGCGACGCUAAUCCUUCGUCGUAUUACAGCCAGAAUAUGCGUCGAAGGGCACCGCAGAGCGUGCUAUAUUGGCCGAGGUAUCCCUUAAAUCAGUAA